AUGCCCUCCGACUUUGCUCUACAGCAGGGUCAACCACCGCUGCCACCCGCCAUGGAUGAUCUAGUUCACCAACAAGCACACCACCCACAGCCCCUUCCCUCUCCAUCAACACCGACCAACAACAAUGUCCUCGCCCCCAGCUGGCGCGGCAUAGUGAUGACCACCUAUGAUGCCCUGCGAGUUAUUGAGGCAUGCCUGAACGGCCAACUCAUGCACACGGCUCGCCGCCCACAUGACAGGGAACGCGACUCCCUGAUCCAGAGCGGCAAUGUCUUUGUCUACGAGGAAUCCUCCUCCGGCAUAAAGCGAUGGACCGACGGCCAGAACUGGAGUCCUAGUAGAAUCCUGGGCAACUUCUUGAUCUAUCGCGAGCUGGACAAGAAUUUCCCUCCCGGUGACAAGAAGAGGGCCAUCAAGAGGAAGAGAGACGGCAAGCCUGAGCUUUCAAACGGAAACUCCAACAUGACCGCUUCUCCUGGAUCGAUCAACGACGAGAGGCAAAGAGCACUUCUUGGGUCUCUCAUUGACUCUUACCCUUUCAAGGAGGGUGGCCUGAUCAAGAAGACCAUCAGCAUCAAAUGGCAGGGUGUUAUGCAUCAUCUUGUCAGCUACUACUCUCUUGAGGACGCGAGCGCUGGCAACCUGCCGACCCCUUCACAAGAUCCCAAGCUUCUCAGCAUUCGGCCUCGCCAUGAAUUGCUAGGACAACAGGAUUUCCGCGUACCAGUCGAACAGGAGGACCCGCGGAUCAUGGACGAGCGAGCCCUGAUGCUCGGCAUGGGCUACGCGCCACAGUCUGGCUUGGAGCGCACAAUGUCAUUGCCUCAGAUGCCAAUGAUGGCGCCAUACGGUGCUCAGAACCACUUCCACAUGCCCAUGCACAUGCACCAGCCUAUGGGCUCCAGCCUACAGCUUGGUGGUCAUUUUGGUCACUCUCAGGGCGGCUUCGUGCCUUGGGAUCAUCGGCCUCGCGCGCCAUCGAUCAAUCUUCCUACAUACGCCUCAAACGCGACCCUACCACCACACUUUGAGAGCGGCAGCAAGAGAAGACGCUCAGAGGCUUACGAGUCUAACGGCGGAGCGGAGGAUCUCUUCUCGCCCGGUGGCAUGACUCACACAGAUGCGAGGACAUCGCACCAUUAUUAUCAACCAGCUACCUCCUCCUACGCGAUGCCGUCGCUGCCAUCGACAACAAUGGGAGCCGACUCCACGGUGGAUUACAAGCCAUCCGUGACUUCCAUGGCCCCCCCGUCACAUGUCAGUGCAAUUUCUGACCCGCCAAUAACAACGAUGGAUUUCGCAGCCCCGUCUGUGACCACGAUGGCACCUCCAGUGAGUACACCUCUACCUGAUGGACUUCUUGGAGCCACGCUGACCUCCAUACCGUCUCUCUCGGGGACUUCUAUAGAUGGAUCACACCGCGACUCCCACUACUUCUCAUCGCCCAACUUCGCCGGUUGGAAUUCUACGCACGACAGCAACUCCUACCUAUCGACGGCUGGAAGAUCUAUGAAUGGAGCUUGGCCGCACGCCUCGCAGUCUGGCACUCACCGAUAG